AUGUCUUUCCCUUACACCAAAGUCCUAGUGAUCGGCGCCACCUCAGGCAUUGGCAAGGCGCUGGCUACCAAGCUCGUGCAAAAUGGUACCCAAUUGAUCAUUGCUGGCAGGAGGAAGGAGAACUUGGAAGAGUUCGUCAAGGAGAAUGGAAGUGACAAGGUCAAAUAUAAGGUGUUUGACGUGAUGAAUCUUGAAGCAAUCCCCAAGUUUGCUUCUGAAGUGGUUUCCGAGAACCCUGACCUUGACUGUGUCUUCGUCAACUCCGGAAUCCAGCGGCCAUUCGAUUUCGCAAACCCCGAGAGCGUCGAUCUGGACGUUUUUGACCAAGAACUCAUCACGAACUACACCUCGGCAGUUCGUCUCACCAAGGAGUUCCUCCCACACCUGCAAAAGCAACCAACCCAAACUGCUAUUGCAUUCACCACGUCACAAAUGGCUCUGGUACCGAUGAUGCGCUGUCCGAAUUAUGGUGCUUCAAAGGCCGCACUGCACCAUUUCAUCCUGGCCCUACGUACGCAACUGCAGGACGGCCCCGGAAAUGUGAAGGUGCUAGAGAUAUACCCUCCUGCGGUGCAGACCGAGUUGCACGACCCCAAGCACCAGCCGGACCUGAAAGACGGCCAUCUCAUUGGCAUGCCACUGCAGGAAUUCAUCGACGAAGUGUGGGCCAAGCUCACCCAGGGCGAGGAUCAAAUCCCGGUCGGAUCAGCCAAGGACAUCUUUGAAACGUUCGAGACCAAGAGACAGGAGAUAUACCAGCAGAUGACGGAGAUGCUGAGGGGUUUGCUCAAGCAAUUCUUGCGAUGA